AUGGACUCAUCAUUAACUGAUACACAAAAGGAUCAAUCAUCUAGUCAAUUAUCAAGAAAUUCUAUAACAGAAGAAUCAAAUUCUAAUAAAAAAAUAUUAGAUAGUUAUCAAAAAGAAAUUGAAUAUCUUCAAAAACAAUUAGCACAAAUAAACAAUUAUUCAUCAACCAUUAACUCGAAAAAAGAUAAUUCUCAUUCAUCAUUGUCACAAUGGUAUCUAUCAAAUGAACUUUUAAAUAAAUCUGAAGAAUGUCAAGCUUUUAUUGAUCAUCUUAAACAAGAGUUUAUACGUAUUGAUUCUCUUGUAUCUGAAGCUAAUACAAUAUCUGAUGAAAUGCAACGACAAAUAAUAUAUAAUGUUAUCUUACAAAUACCUGAUUCAUAUUUAAAACCAAGUGAACGUUCUAUAAAUAAUUUAUGUUUACCAGCUAUUCAAGUCAAACGAGUAAAUUCAUCACCACAAAUAUGGGAUAUAGAAAAAUUUGAAGCUCAAUUAAAUGAUAUGAAAAAUCUUUAUAAAAAAUGGAUAAUAUCUGAAAAUAAAGCAGAGCUUUUAACACAAGAAUUAAAACGAAAUAAUCCAUUUUUUGAUGAACAGUCGCACAGUUUUAUUGGUGUUGCAAAUAUUUAUUUGAAGGCUUUAUUUUGUGAUUCAAAACUUGAUUAUAUUGUACCGAUUAUCAAUACACAAGGAGAGGUAAUAUAA